AUGAUUAUGUUUGUUCAAAGGAUUUCAUCAUCAUCAUCAACUACAUAUUUGGGAGUAGUAGUAUUUAUUAACAUCAAUGGUUGCAAGUUGAUUGCGGAGAAUGGUCUUCAAGGUGGCAUUGCAUUCCCCACGGGCUGCUCAUUGAAUUGGGUUGCAGCCUACUGGACUCCGAAUUCUGGGGAUAAAACUGUUAAGUAUGAUGAUGUUGUGAAACUGGAUUUUGGAACACAUAUUGAUGGUCAUAUCGUGGACUGUACAUGUAGUGUUGCAUUCAAUCCUAUGUUUGACCUCUACUUGAGGCCUUACAGGAAGCCACAAAUAUGGGAAUCAAGGAAGCUGGAAUUGAUGUUCACAUUUGUGAUGUGGGGUGCUGCAACAAGAGUCAUGGAAUCAUUUGAAGUUGAAAUUAAUGGGAAAGUAUACCAAGUUAAGAGUAUCCGAAACUUGAAUUGGGCGCAGUUUUGGGACCUACCAAAUCCAUGCUUGAAAAUCUGUUCCAAUUGCCACAUUCCGCUGCGGUUACCCAGAGCAAAACAGCUUUUGGCAACAAUCAACAAAAACUUCUCAACUUUGGCUGUCUGCAGACGGUAUUUGGAUCGCAAUAUUGGUGAGACAAAAUAUCUGAUGGCACUGAAGAACCUGUGUGAUACUGGAAUUGUGCAGCCUUACCCUCCAUUGUGCGACAUCAAAGGGAGCUACGUAUCUCAGUUUCAGCACACCAUCUUACUACGCCAUACUUGCAAAGAGGUGGUUUCAAGAGGCGACGACUAUUAG